AACUACUACCGUACGUAACGUACUGGUUGUGUAAACAAAACAAAAUCAAGAAUGAAGGAAAUAAUAAUAAACUAUUUCUAAAUUUUAUUAUUCAUGAUAAUCGGACAAUUUAGACUGAACAUGUACUGAUUAUUUACAAACUGUAUUAGGUAUUGUAUAUUGUUUGCUUCUUAUCAAAUUGACAAUUAUUAAUUGCAUACCUCCAAGUAAUUUUGUUACAACCGCUAGCAAUGCCCAGUCAGUAUGAAGAAGAACGUACUUGGGAAGCACCAAACCACAAUCAGUAUGAGGAAGAAGGUAAUGAAGAUAUCAUUGAAAAUCCUGAAGAAGUCCUACAGGAAUGUUUGGAAAAAUUUAAGACUCCAGAUUACAUAAUGGAACCUGGAAUAUUUGGACAACUUAAACGAUAUUUUCAAGCAGGAGGUAAUCCUGAGCAAGUUAUUGAACAAUUGUCUAUUAAUUAUAGUGCUGUGGCACAAAUGGCAAAUUUAUUAGCAGAAUGGCUUAUACUGGGAGGUGUAAAAGUGACAGAAGUUCAAGCAAUGGUAGAAAAUCACUUGAAAGACAUGAUUCUUAAAACUUUUGAUCCCAAAAAAGCAGACACCAUAUUUACUGAAGAAGGUGAAACACCAGCUUGGUUAACAGAAAUGAUUGAACAUCCUACUUGGAGAUCAUUAAUAUAUAGAUUAGCAGAAGAGUAUCCUGACUGUUUAAUGCUUAAUUUUACCAUCAAGCUAAUAUCUGAUGCUGGUUUUCAAGGGGAAAUAACCAGUAUAUCCACUGCUGCUCAACAAAUUGAAGUAUUUUCCAGGGUUCUCAAGUCAGCCAUUGUAGGAUUUUUGCAAAGUUCAGAUGAUUGGCAAAAUAGUGUAAAUGAAUGUGCAAAAAUGGUAUGUCAUGGUGCUCAUACUUAUGUAUACAGCCAAGUAAUCGUUCACAUAUUAUCUCAAGAGCCAAGAGGAGGUGCUAUUAUGAAAAGACUCAGUCAAGAAAUAACACGUUGUGCUCAACAAGGUGGACACGACGUGACACCUAUCACACUGUCGCUGACUGCCGGCGAGAGCUAUCGUAACGCCCGCACUGCACUCGCCGCUAUGCUAUCACGGGGUGCUCUCAACCCUGCUGAUAUUUCCGUAUUGUUUCGAGCGUACACACAACCGGAACCACCACCAGUUCAUCUACUACGCAUUCCUCAAUUUUUAGAACUACUAGUGGACUCGCUAUUCAAGCUUGGCAGCAAAUUAAAUCCUGAACAUAAAUCAAAAUAUAUGUAUCUAUUGGCGUAUGCUGCUAGUGUAUGUGAAGGAGUGACGCCAGGAAGACCAGUAAAAGACGAACUUAAAGCUACAGUACAAGCUAUAGAAAAAGUACAUGCUGUAUGCAACAGCUCUGCCAGCUCCAGCGAAUUGAUUGCUGAAUUACCUACAUUAUAUCAUUGCAUAAGAUUUCCUGUUGUUGGUAUGGGUGUUUUAGUGUGGGUCGAAUGUGUUGUAACAGAGCCUUCCUAUUUCAAGUUAUGCACUGAGCACUGUCCAGUUCAUUUAGCAUUGUUAGACGAAGUAGCUUCAUGCCAUCAAUUGCUUCACCAUAGACUAUUGAAGUUACUUGUGCAGUUAUUUGAAUCACCGCAAGAUGAAUUAGAAAUUCUAGUGCAGUUGGAAUUAAAAAAAAUGUUGCUUGACCGCAUGGUAAAUUUACUAAGCCGCGGUUGUGUAGUACCUGUAUUACGGUACAUCAAGCAGUGUUGGCAACGUGGGGAUACAGAUAUUUCCCUAAUAAGAUAUUUCAUCACUGAGGUUCUAGAUGCAAUAGCUCCACCAUAUACCCCAGAAUUUGUGCAACUUGUAUUACCGAUGGUUGAAAACGAAGAAAUCACAGGCACAAUGAGAGCCGAAGGCGAAAACGAUCCGGUUUCCGAAUUUAUAGUUCACUGCAAGGCGCAUUAUGUGGUGGUUUAAUAAUUCUACAGUUUAUAUAAAUGAAUAAGUCUCGAAUUAUAGUUUGUAGCUGUCUCAGCAAAACACUACAUAUUAAAAAAGUGAAGCUGUGUUCUAUAGAGGUAGAAGUAAAAAUAGUAGACAUUUUUAUAAAAUGGCAUAAUAGAUACAUGUAUUUGAUUAAUAUUAAAAUAUUAUUUUAUUUGACGAAACGCUUACGCAUAUACUUUUUAUUAAUUCACGCGGCGCCAUCUAGUCAUGUUUGUAUUGUGUGAAGAAUCGACUAAUGGAUUAUUAAACUGCUAGACUACCGAGUUAGUAGAGACCACAUGGAAAUUAGCUAUAAAAUUUAUUUUAAAAGUGCCAAUGUGUGCAUAAAUUUAUGAUUUAUUUGAUUAUGAUUUUACGGCUUCACUUAAUAUGUAGUAAAUGGACCACCACAAAGAACUUACUUCACUCGAUAUGGGGUAUUCUAUUUUUAAUUAUGAGUGUAUUAAUAUAUAAAAAUUAUUCAGCUGUAGUCUUUUAUUUUAUCAAGUAAUAGUAUUUAUAUAGUUCACAAAUAUUUUAUAAGAAAUUGCAAUUUAUGAUAUCCUGUCCUAUCUUUGUCCUCUUAUUAGAAGAAAUAUGUUUUAACAUAUUUCCCUUAAUGAGAGAACAAAAAUAGGAUAAAGACAGUGAUUGGCUCAUUUUUUUUGACAAAG